CAUUCUGUCAGCUCUCCCGGAACAUCCAAGGCAAGACUGGCACCCAGGGCGCAGCAGGAAUCAUGGAGUCCUUCAGUUCAAAGAGUCUGGUGCUGCAGGCAGAGAAGAAGCUGCUGAGUAAGAUGGCAGGUCGAUCUGUGGCUCAUCUCUUCGUUGAUGAGACGAGCAGCGAGGUGCUAGAUGAGCUCUACCGUGUGUCCAAAGAAUACACACACAGCAGGCCCCAGGCCCAGCGGGUUAUCAAGGACCUGAUCAAGGUGGCCGUCAAGGUGGCCGUGCUGCACCGCAGUGGCUGCUUCAGCCCCAGCGAGCUGGCCUUGGCUACCCGCUUUCGCCAGAAGCUGCGGCAGGGCGCCAUGACCGCACUCAGCUUCGGCGAGGUAGACUUCACCUUUGAGGCUGCUGUGCUGGCCGGCCUGCUGACCGAGUGCCGGGAUGUGCUGCUGGAACUGGUGGAGCGCCACCUCACACCCAAGUCACAUGGCCGCAUCCGCCACGUGUUUGAUCACUUCUCUGACCCAGGCCUGCUCACGGCCCUCUAUGGGCCUGACUACACUCAGCACCUUGGCAAGAUCUGUGAUGGGCUCAGGAAGCUGCUGGAUGAGGGGAAGCUCUGAGAACUCUGACCCUGGCACGUUCCUUCUUGGCAAAAUGGCUGACUGAGAAAAAAAGAUAAUGGGCUUUCUAACCCUGCUCAUCUGCACUAAUGCUUUUCAACCCUCAGGUUUCAGUCUUUCCCAAGAGUGCCUGUGACUCUGAGACCACCCCAUGCCCAACUGCUGGUGGAGAAGAAGCAAUGCUGAGGGUUGAGGCCUCUCUCCUACUCCAGCCCCAAGACAGGAAACAAAGCUGCCUGAAAAAGAUGAAGCGAAACUUGGAUCUCUAUUUUCCCCACAAGGGACCUUUCAAACAGGGAAGCCCCCUCCCCUCAGAACCAGGGGAAGAGGGCGUAGCCCAUCUCACUCCUCUGGGGACACUAAAGACAGGCGGCGCAGGGAGCCUUUAGAGAUAUCCUAGACCUUCAGUUCUAGGCGGAGUCUGGACAGAUACCAGAGACUCUGCUCCAGAGGGCAGGAA